AUGAGGGUCAAGCGAAAGUACGGCAGCAAAAUGUACGAAAGCUCCUGCUCAUAUCAGACGGCGCUGGAUCUGAAACGGGGAGCUUCUCCGCUUGUAACACAUCAAGUGAAAUCGGAAGACUGCCUCGGCUUGACACAGUGCACCGAUUGGGGUUCGUACCGGUUCCAUCAGUCAACAUUCGAACAGCUGAAACAAAGCGUAGAGAAGGCUAAAGCUGCCCUGCAGGACCGGACUUCUUUCCUCGGCAGUUCCAGCGCGUUUAGCGACAUCUAUUCUUCGCCAAGAUUGACGGAAUCGCUUGAAAACGUUAUUUCUCACACCACCUCAAACAAUAACAGCAGCAACAAUGGCACGGCUAGCACAAACCCUGUCUCGAAUGGUAAUGCUAGCGCUGAAAGCAACCCUGCCAAUACUAACACUACCAGUAACGCCGGUAACGCUGGCAGCGUACUAAACGUCAGUGGUAGUAACGCUGGUAGUGGCACGGGGAAUGGCACUAACACCAGUGCUAGUGCUAGUGGUGGUGGUGGUGGUGGUGGUGGUAGUGGAGGAGGUGGUGGAGCAAGUGGAGCAGGUGGUGGUAGUAGUAGCAUCAGCGUUAUAAACGCAACCUCACUCGUGUCGCCAUCGAAUCUGCUGGGUAACGGGCUGGCAAGUCAACGUCACCGAAACGAUCUGCUGGGAUCCGGCAAUCUUAACCUGGUGUCCUCAACCCAGUCGCCCACAACCACCUCGACACCGUCAUCAAUUCUGUCCCAGAACCUAGAAUCUCCGGUGGACGUCAAGUCCCGGCAAGGUAAGUCCGAUGCAAGACUAGCUUUGCACUACUGA